UGCCUUCAGUUCACAUCCUUCUUUGUGAGCACAUUCAUGUUGCUCCGUUCAGACACUAGGUAACCGUAGUGGAUGUUAUUUAGCAGCUGAUGUGUUUUACCUGCAGACACAGCAGAGAGAGGAGCCACCAACAUGAGGUUUAAAGUAGCAGAAGCUGGAUUUGUCGUCUUCCUUCUCUCCUCAUCAGUGGUACUUGGUCAGAUUGAUCAUGGAGUGACUUACUCUUCUACUCAGAUCUGUGCUGUAGAAGGAUCAACAGUGGAAAUAAGCUGCAGCUACACGUACCCAUCCAGAAUAAAUGACAACGUCACCGUGGUUGAAAAAGCUGUAUGGUUUACUAAAAUGGAAGGUGGUGAACCUGUGAAUCUGAUGACAGACGCAGAGUUUUCAGGUCGUGUUCAGUAUCACUGUGAUGAGAACAAGUGCACUCUGAGAAUCUCAGACCUUAGAGAGAGAGACUCAGCUGAGUACAAGUUCAGAUUCACAACAAACCAACCAGGAGGGAAAUAUACUGGUUCACCUGGAGUCACUCUGACUGUCUCAGUUCUCCAUGUAGAGGCCAAGAAAACAUCUCCAAUAUUGUAUCCUCGCUGGGCAGAGGUGAAGUGUCAGAGCAGGUGUCGUCUAUCUGCUCGUUCCUACGUCUGGUAUAAGAAUGGAGUGAACAUGAACAAAGACACUGAUUCGAUUGAACAAUACUUUGAUUAUGGAGACAGUGUUUCCUGUGCUGUUAAAGGAUCUGAGAAGUUUCCCUCUCCUCCACAAUGUUCUGUCUAUAGAACCUGCAACAAAGUGACUUACACCGACAGAAGCAUCUGUGCCAUCGAAGGUUCAUCAGUGAACAUUUCCUGCACAUACAGUCAUCAUGAUUAUUAUGAUGAUGUUGUGUCAAAGUUCUGGUUCAGUCCUGAUUGUAGUCGUCAGUGGAUGAAUCGCUCACAGCCUGAGGACCUGAGUAAAGACUCCCAGUAUUCAGGUCGUGUUCAGGUCCUUGAACCAGAGACCGGAAGAUCCACUCUGAGAAUCACUAACCUGACAGAAAGUGAUUCAUCUGAGUAUCACUUCAAAUUCAAGACACGAUUGUUUGAAUGGAGAAGUGUUUUACCUGGAACAACUCUGACUGUCACAGCUCUGCAGGUGCAGGUGACCAGAAUAAUAUCAGUCCAUCAGUCUCAAACUGAGGCAGAGCUCAAGUGUCUCAGCAGCUGCAGUCCAGUUGGUCGUCUUUACGUCUGGUUCAAGAACCAACAGAGAAUCAGGACACAACAAACUUCUACUUUGACAGACAACUUUUCUCCUGGAGACACCGUCUCCUGUGCUUUCAGUGGACAUGAGGAUUACCGCUCUCCUUCAAUCUAUCCUUCAAAGCUUUCACCUGUAUCAGUGAAUUCCUCUGGUGAGAUAGUGGAGGGUAGUUCAGUAACUGUGACCUGUCGCAUUGAUGCUAACCCAGCAGCUAACUACACUUGGUACAAAGGAAACCAACCACUUCCUCUGGGACCAGGAGGUAUUUAUCAUUUCACCUCCAUCAGCUCUGAGGACAGAGGGAUCUACUACUGCAAGUCUGAGGAUCAACAUUCUGUGUCUGUAUUCAUAGACGUCCAGUAUCCUCCAAAGCUUCCCUCUGUAUCAGUGAGUCCAUCUGGUGAGAUAGUGGAGGGUAGUUCAGUGACUCUGACCUGUAGCAGUGAUGCUAACCCAGCAGCUAACUACACCUGGUACAAGGAGAAUGAAGACUCACCAAAAGCUUCAGGACAGAUCUUCACCAUCACUGAAUUCAAAGCUGAACACAGAGGGAGUUACUACUGUGACGCCCAGAACAGAAUUGGACGUCAUAACUCCACCUUACACCUGAUUGUUAUAGUUGGAAAAUUACCAGUAAUACUGAAUGUCAUCAGGUUAACUUUGGUGGUGCUGGUGCUGAUUCCUCUGCUUCUGUUUAUUCUGGGUAUGAGGAAGAAGAAACUCUUCAGCUGUGGGACUGAACCAAAUGAACCAGUGGAGGAUAUAGAGAUGCAACAAAACCUCAGACAUGACUCUUCUAAUUCAAAGUAGAAGUUAUUCCAGGGGGCACAUAGGUGUGGCGGUUAGCACUGAUGCCUCCAAGGGAGAAGGUCUGGGUUUCAGUCCAUGUUUGGCCCUUUUUUUGUGGAGUUUUCUGUUCUCCCUGUGUCUGUGUGGGUUUUCUCCAGAUACUCCGACUUCCUCCCACUGUCCAAAGACAUGUUCGUUAGGUUAAUUGGUGAUUCCACAUUGACUGUAGGUGUGAGUGUGAAUGUUUGUUUAUCUCUCUGUGUUAGUCCUGAGAUAGACCCCCUGUCACCCUGGUGAGGAUGAGACACUUGAAAAUUAGAUGAGUUUUUCCAGCUCUGACAUUUCACAAUUUACAUGACAUGGUGUUGUAUUCUGGUAGCUUUUGUUGUGCAGUUUGAUGUUCUUUAUAUUUCAGUUUUCUUUUGUAACAGUUUCUCUUUAUAUUUGAGUUAGUUUUACACAGUUUCUCUUAGUUUUCACCUUUUGUUGGAUUUUUGGUUCGAGUAACAGAAUGUUAGAUCAGGCAUAACAUUAUGGCCACCUUUUUUAUAUUGUUUGGUCCUCAGCCCUGACUCAUUGAGGCAUGGACUGCCCUAGACCCCUGAAGGUGGUAUUUGGCACAAAGAUGUUAGCAGCAGAUCAUUUAAGGUCUGCUUUGUAUUGUUAGGUGGGGCCUCCAUAGAUCAAACUAGUUUGUCCAGCACUACCCACAGAUACUCAGUCGAGAUUUUGGGAAUUUGGAGGCCAUGCCAUGUCCAAUUGUCUAGCCAUCACAGUUUGUCCCUUGUUAAACUCCCUCAAAUCCUCAUGCGUGCUCAUUUUUUUCUGCUUCUAACUUUGAUGACUAAAUGUUCACCCACCCGCUAACAGGUGCCAUGAUCAAGAGAUAAUUAGUGUUAUUCACUGCACUUGUCAGUCGCCAUAAUGUUAUGUCUGGUCUGUGUAUACUAUAUUUAGGCUUUGAGAAAUACACAUGUAGGGAAAGUUAGCGGUGGGUCAUUGAUUCACCAUUUGGCCUGUUUGGCCUUUCAUGGAGGAAUAGAUGAUAAAGUUUUUGUUUGAACCUUCAAAAAGUGGUUAAUUACCUGAGGCUUCAGUGAUACCAUGUUCGAGUAGGACAUCUAGUGGUGAUAGCAGAGCUGAACACAUUAGGUGUUAUAACAGUGAAGCCCAGAACAGAAGAGGAUGUCAUAACUCCAUCUCUCGUAUGAUUUCAGGUUAUUAUGUUACUCCUCCACAGGGCAUUUUAGAUAAAGUUUUCCGAAAGGUCAGACAAGAAACAGGUGAGGACAAAAUUGGAGCUGAAUAAUG